AUGUAUAUUGAACGGCUAAACAACUGCACGGCUACAUCUUGUAACGCGACCGACCAACAAGACACAUAUUCAGCCAUCGCCGAAAUUUGUGCCGUAUUCAGCAUUCCUAUCACCAUCGGUCCCGAGGCGACUGCUCUUACCUCCACAUCCAAUCCAUUGUUCAGCACUGUAGCCAUACCAUCCCAAUCGAGCCUACCUCCUGUGAUCACAACGAUCACGUCGGGCGCCACGAGCAUUACGAUGUCGGCAUCCGAGAAUGUACCGGUCUCGACGAGUCAUGCUAGCACGUCGACGGUUUCGAUGAAUUCUUCUGGAAGUUCGGGCGGUUCCUCAACGUCUGUGCAAAGCUCGACGAGUUCCUUUGCAGGCGCAACAGCGGCAUCGUCAACCCCGACCGACAAUGAAUCGAGUCAUUUCAGCUCCCCCUCGAGAAUGGCAUUAAUCUUGGGGGUGGGGUUGACAAGCAUCAUUCACUUGAUUUUGGUUUAA